AUGUCAAAGCUGGAGGAAGACGAGCUGGACCUGGACGAGCGCCUGGCGGCACAGCAGCCGCUACUCGAGCUGCACGAUGGCAACUACAAGCCAAGAAAACCGGUCAAGCCGUGGUACCGGCGUCGCCUUGUCACCGUCACGGGCGUGGUGCUGCUAUUGUGCGGUCUCUCGUACUUCGUCGUGUCCAGUCAGAUCUCUCGCGUCGCCACCAAGGCCAUCAAGGACACGGUCAUGCACAUCGAGAAAAUGGAUCUGAGUCGACCGCAGUCGUCCUCUGUUGCACUGAACCUCAGUUUGAGUCUCAUGGCGGCGUCUCCAUAUCCAGCCACAGUGGACCCCGCCACGUUCAGUAUAAAAUAUGGCGGCCUCGAAGUCGGCACCUUCCAAGCUCCUUCCAUGUCGAUAACCCAUGGCACCAACAACCAAGUAUUCCCCAAUUCGACGCUGAAAAUUCAGAACAAGAAAGCAUGGGAUCAAUUCGCAGGGGAUAUGAUGAGACGCUCCAAUGUGCAGUACGAAAUCUCCAGCAAGUUGAACAUCCACGUUCGACUAUUGGGGGGUCUGAUCAAGUUAAGUGCUUCGGACAUUCCAUUGAGUAAAACGAUGGCAUUCAAAGGAAUGGACGGACUUCGGGACAUGCAGAUCGCUCAAGUGGACAUGCAGCAUUCGACCCAAGAACAAGUUGUGGCGACCAUCAAGACGUGCAUUCGUAACCCGUCGAUCACGACGAUCAGACCGGUGGGAGCGCUGUGUCUGAAUGCUCACUACCCGAGAUUAGGGCACGAGACUCUAGUGGCACACUUGACGACGUCGGAGGAGACGGGGUUACCAGUGGCAGACGGACAGCCGUCACAUCCGUACUGUGCAUCGCUGCAUGGACCGACGGAUACGAGUAAGGGGUAUAAUUUGCUGGAUCUGCAAGGUGAAAUGCUGGGCACCAACUCGGAAGCGAUUAGCGGAUUGAUUACCAAGUAUUUGAGUAACGUCUCUGCAGAGUUGACAGUAGUGACGUGCGAGUCUCAGGCGACAUCGGUGGAGCUGUAUAAUGAGGCGAUGAAGAAUCUGACGAUUGAAAGCUCGUUGCCACCUCAGAAAGACCCGUUGGUGGGGAAUAUGUUCUUCCGUGGCAUUGCGCUGCACUCUCCGGAAGAAGGCAAGGAAAACGAUAUGGUACGACUUGACACCGCUGUCCUAGUGGAAGCAACGAGUCCGUUGGGACCCAAUUCGGCAUUGACUAUCACGGAUGUGCGCAUGAAUGUUAGUCUGAAGGGCGCGGAUCUAGCUCUCGGAACGCUUUCGACUGUGUCUGUUGAUAUCAUUGACGGAAAGCUGGUGGAUCGAGGCAAUAUUUCGGUUGAAUGCUUAACGGAGCUCGACCUUGCGGAAAGGGGAAAGGCAUUUGGCAGAUUUGUUCGUGCGUCUGUUGUCAAGGAGAAGAUCCCGUUAACUCUUGCUGGGAGUAUGGAUGUGGUGUGUCAUGGGGCUCUUGGAACGCUGAAGCUCUCAGGGCUGCUUCUUCGCAGCACCACGUUGCUGACUGGGAUGAACAACUUUCACGAUGUGACGGUGAAGAAUUUUGCCUUGCCAGGGACUGGCAGCGCGACGAAACAUGAAGAGCCGAUCCAGACGCAGAUAGAGAUCCGUAACCCUUCUGUGUUUACCGUAUCCAUUGGAGCACUCACGAUGGAUUUAAGUUUGGACGCGCCUCGAGAGAAAUUUGGAUCACUUGGUGGCAUUAUGAACCUUGGCCCUGGUAUGAACAAUCUGGAACUAAAUGGCCAGCUAAAGCCUUCUGUAGAUGCAACAGGGCAAGUGAGUGCUGCCGUGGCGGGAUUUUUCUCUCGUUACCUGGAGGGUAGAGACUCUCAAGUGGUUGUGAAGAUCACAGGCACGCAACAUGGUCAUUGUGUGUGGUUGCAAGAGGCUUUGGUAGGGUUGACAAUCGAGACGAGCUUCCCUGGUGUUAUUAAGGGCUUCCAGAUGAUUAAGGAUAUCAAAAUGAGCCAGCUCGAUGUCAUGCUGGACGAGGCCCCACCAGGCGAGAGAGGCCCGGUGACAAAUACACGAAUGAGGGUUCGCACCGAAAUGAAGGCCAAGGUGAAGAUGCCGACUUCUAUCAAGAUGCCUCUGAAGAUCUCGAAUCUAUCUGUGGCGCUUGCUCUGGGGAAUGAACACGGCGAUCGUCUCGGAUCGUUGGUGUCUGACCGAGAAACCUGCGAGUUCAACCAGACGGAUGAUGGAGCCUUUCGUCUGAAUAUGAGUCACUUCUACCCGAUUGGCUUUAACACUCAUGAAGACGUCAUCGGGAUGUCUGGUUUUAUCAACGAUUUGCUAACGAAGAAUGGGAGCAUUAUGAUGCGACUGGCUAGCGAUAUUGACGCUGAUGAAGGAGCGUUCCCGGAUGUGGAGACGAGAAUGGGGGUGCUUGCGCUCAGCAACAUUCCAGUUAAAGGCGAACCGCUUAUCCCCGCGAUGGAUUCCUUCCGCCACCCACCGGUUAAGGUCCUCACCGUCGACAUUCAGCGAGGCUCACCGUCGUCAAUGAUAAUGACGAUGGAGUUUUCAUUGCAGAACCCGUCUAUUGUGCAGACAAAGUUGGGCUCACUCGUGCUAGAUGUGUUCUCCGAUGGAGCACGAAUGGGUUCGGCCAAGAUAUCCGAUUUUAGUCUCAAUUGCUGCGGCAAACCUACUGUUCUUCGUGGAAGUUUCGAGUAUCACCCCAAGCCGAGUGACCUCGCCACCGCCGAGAGAUUUCUGUCGAACUUUGUGUCCGGCUACUUCACGCGCGGGGCCGCCCAGGAGAUUGCAAUCAAGGGGUCUGCGGAGAGUACCUCGUUGGAUCUUCUUCAGCCGGCGAUGAAGGUUCUCUCGAUCCCUUCGAUGCUGCCUACUCUGAGCGAGCUGUUCCCAGCGACGCCGACGCUUGUCACCUCGUCGCUCUUGUACAUUCCGUCACUUUUCCACUUGACGAAGAUUCCGACUUCGCUCGAGCUACGGAACCCGUUCAGUGAGAGUAUCACUGUCACAGGGGUGGAUCUGGAGCUGUAUCCCUGUGAAGACCAGGUCUCAGGCGAUGACGGUAAACUGACGUGCAAGAAAUACUUCGACAAGUCCCUCGCUCGAUUCGCUCCUCCCGUGUUUCAGCCGAUCUUUAUUCCUGCGAACACCAAUGGCUGCUUCUCGUGCUGCCAAGGCUCGCGCUGCAGUGACCGUGUGUCGUUGUGUCCGCGUGCGUCAGUGGGUCAGUGCAUGAGCGCUCAAGUUCAGAGCUUCCUCACCCCAGAGGCCAUCGCGACAAUAAUUUAUUCGCUGACAGGCGGUUUGCUGAUGCGUGUUAACGGCAGCCUCGGCGCAUCGAUCGGUGACUAUGCUACGCACCUGUACUACCAACAAGAUGGACUCUUGGUCACGAUGGCCAAGUAG